GUUAGAGCCGCGGCGGCUUCGACCCUAACGGAGCCCGGAGCUGCGAGACAAGAGACGGGACCCGGCGCGGGACCGGCCUCCGGCUCAGCAGCCAGCCGGAGCCCUGCCAGCAUAAUUAUGGCAGAUUUUUCAGAGUCAGAAGGAGCUGGAAAUUGGAAAGAAAGAUGUGUAACUCUGGAGUCACAGCUGAUGAAAUUUCGUCUCCAGGCAAGCAAAAUCAGAGAGCUGUUAGCAGAGAAGAUGCAACAACUUGAGAGACAAGUUAUUGAUGCAGAUCGUCAAGCAGAGAGAGCUUUUCAGCAGGUGCAGAUUAUGGAAGAGAAAUUAAAAGCAGCUAAUGUUCAGACUAGCGAAUCGGAGACCAGGUUGUAUAAGAGGUGUCAAGAUCUGGAGACUCUGGUACAGGAGAAAGAUGACAUUAUACAAAACUUGGAGCAACAACUUGAAGAACAGAAGCAAAUCAGAAUACAAGAGGCAAAAAUCAUAGAAGAAAAAGCAGCUAAAAUAAAAGAAUGGGUGACAGUCAAGCUCCAUGAGUUAGAGGUAGAAAAUCAGAACCUUCGCUUGAUCAACCAAAACCAAAAUGAAGAGAUGAGAACAAUGCAGUCUAAACUGCAAGAAAUUAUGGGGAAGAAAUGUGUCCCUUCAACACACAAACCUGGGGAAGGCCAGCGACUAAGCAGUUUGACUUUUGGAUGCUUUUUGAACAGAGCAAGAAGUCCUCAGCAAGCUAUUAAAUUUGAUGAAAUAAGCAAAUCAUCAUGCAAAGAAUCAGAAUUAAGCGAUGGUAAUAACAUAUUAGAGAAAAAAAUCCAGCAAACAUCUCUUGCUGCUCUUGCACAUGAGAGCAAUAAAGGUCAGAGGUCAUUACAACAAAGCUCCUGUGGAUCAGAACAAAAUAAAAAUGCAAGAACAAGCUAUUCAUCAAAAGAUAUAGAUAGUAGUAUAUCAAAGAACUCAUGCGUUACAGGAAGUGACUGGAGCUCAGAUGAGGAUGAAGGAGGUAAUAGAAGACCAAAAUCCAGGCGUGCAUCUACCCUUUCAAGUCAGACAUCUGAAGAAAGCACAAGAUACAGCAGAAUUGGGAGUGAAAUGUAUUUGACAGCAUCUGACGAUAGUAGUUCUUUAUUUGAAGAGGAGAGUUUUGCAGUUCAGAGAUCUGAGCACAAAAAGCUGUAUUCUUGGCAGCAAGGAUCUCAGCGGAAAAGUCAGAACAAUUCACUUGGAAAGAGCAAUUCUGAGGCCUUAUGUAGAAAAGACCAAGAUAGCUCUUCAGAUGAACUGAAUAAGAAAUUUCAGUCUCAGAGAUUAGAUUAUUCAUCCUCAUCCAGUGAAGCAAAUACCCCAAGUCCAGUUUUAACCCCUGCUCUAAUACCUAAGCAUCCAGUCGUGACAUCUUCAACAGAUUCUCAGUGUGUGACACAAUCAAAUUCUCCAUCAAAUUUGCCACCUCCAAAGUUGCGGACUCCCAACGUUUUUAGUAUAAGUGUAGCAUUGGCAAAAAAGCACUUAAGCCAACCCCAGCUGAGUUCUGACAGAAUGUUUGAUAGAAAUAGAAAUGCUAUAAGCAUGAUACGGCCCUUGAGACCUCAGGAAACAGACAUCGACCUGGUGGAUGGGGAAAAUACUGAUAUUUUAGAGAAAAUGGAGAUUGAUUAUGAUGGAGCAUUUACCUAUGACUCUUUUGAGGCACAGAGUGCAGAAGACCAGGAGUCCAGUGAUAUAACAAGGAAGGCAAUUAGCAACAAACCCCCUACUCCUCCUCUGCAUCGAUUCCCCUCCUGGGAAAGCAGAAUUUAUGCUGUAGCCAAGUCAGGUUUACGAAUGUCUGAAGCUUUCAACAUGGACUCUUUUAACAAAAGUACUGGUUCUAUAACUUCGUAUACCAUAUCUGGACUAUACACUUCUUUGAUAUACAAGAACAUGACCACUCCAGUCUACACAACUCUGAAAGGGAAAGCAACUCAAAUAAGCAACAGACCAUUCUUAGAUGACUCUUCAGGAUCAGAGGAAGAAGACAGCUCCCGAUCCAGCUCACGAACCUCAGAAUCAGACUCUCGAAGUAGAAGUGGCCCAGGUAGCCCCAGGGCCAUGAAACGAGGUGUGUCUUUGUCUUCUAUGACCUCAGAAAGCGACUAUGCUAUUCCCCCUGAUGCCUACUCAACAGAUACAGACUAUUCAGAGCCAGAGCAGAAACUCCCUAAAACCUGUUCCUCAUCUAGUGAUAAUGGAAAAAAUGAGCCAUUGGAAAAAUCUGGAUAUUUGUUAAAAAUGGGUGGCAAAGUAAAAACCUGGAAACGCCGAUGGUUUGUGCUCAAAGGCGGUGAGUUAUUGUACUACAAAUCUCCGAGUGAUGUAAUUCGAAAGCCACAAGGUCAAAUUGAGUUAAGCGUAUCCAGCCACAUUGUAAGAGGUGAUGGAAAACAAACAGUUCAGUUGAUCACAGAAAAACGAACAUACUACCUGACUGCAGAUUCUCCCAACAUCUUAGAAGAGUGGAUCAAAGUACUGCAGAAUGUUCUUAAAGUGCAGGCUGCUAGUUCACUUUUCAUACAGCCUGAUGUGAAGCCAGCCAUGAAAGGAUUGCUGACCAAGGUGAAACAUGGAUACUCCAAAAGAGUGUGGUGUACUCUGGUUGGAAAAACUCUUUACUAUUUCCGUAGUCAAGAAGAUAAGUUUCCUCUGGGUCAGAUCAAGCUUUGGGAGGCUAAAGUUGAAGAAGUUGACAGGUCGUGUGAUUCAGAUGAAGAUUAUGAGUCCAGUGGUCGCAGUCUAUUAUCAACACAUUAUACCAUUGUUAUCCAUCCUAAAGAACAAGGACCUACCUAUCUUCUUAUAGGCUCCAAACAUGAAAAGGACACUUGGCUUUAUCACUUGACUGUGGCUGCUGGGAGCACCAAUGUAAAUGUUGGAUCAGAAUUUGAACAGCUUGUUUGCAAACUGUUAAAUGUGGAAGGGGAGCACACCUCUCAAAUUUGGAGACACCCUACUCUUUGUCACAGCAAAGAAGGAAUUGCUUUCCCUCUUACAACACUGCCAUCAGAGGCCCUGCAAACUGAAGCAAUUAAAUUAUUUAAGACCUGCCAGUUGUUUAUAAAUGCUGCAGUUGACUCUCCUGCCAUUGAUUACCAUGUAUCUUUGGCCCAGAGUGCUUUGCAGAUCUGCCUCACACAUCCAGAGCUUCAAAAUGAGAUCUGCUGCCAGCUCAUUAAACAGACAAGACGACGACAUCCACAGAACCAGGCAGGACCAAUACAGGGUUUGCAGCUGUUAGCUCUCUGUGUUGGACUCUUCCUUCCUCAACACCCAUUCCUUUGGCUCCUCAAACUUCACUUAAAGAAGAAUGCCGAUUCCAGAACUGAAUUUGGGAAAUAUGCAAUUUACUGUCAGCGAUGUGUUGAGAGAACCCAGCAGAAUGGGGACCGAGAAGCAAGGCCAUCAAGGAUGGAAAUCCUUUCAACCCUUCUAAGAAAUCCCUACCACCACUCGUUGCCAUUCAGUAUUCCAGUUCAUUUCAUGAAUGGUAUAUACCAGGUUGUUGGAUUUGAUGCCUCCACCACAGUGGAAGAAUUUCUGAACACCCUUAACCAGGACACAGGAAUGAGAAAACCAGUCCAGUCAGGAUUUGCAUUAUUUACUGAUGAUCCUUCUGGCAAGGAUAUAGAGCACUGUCUUCAAGGAAACAUCAAGAUCUGUGACAUUAUUUCUAAAUGGGAGCAGGCCUCCAAAGAACAGCAUCCUGGGAAAUGUGAAGGCACAAGAACUGUGCGUCUUACAUAUAAAAACAGGCUGUAUUUCUCAGUUCAAGUCCGUGGGGAGACAGACAGGGAAAAGCUGCUGUUAAUGUAUCAGACAAAUGAUCAGAUAGUAAAUGGACUUUUCCCUGUCAACAAAGAACUGGCACUGGAAAUGGCAGCUCUUUUAGCUCAGGUGGAGAUUGGGGACUUCGAAAGACCUUUCUCAACUCCAGCAGGGCAAGUUACUUCUCCCUCCAAGUCCAAUCAGACAUUGAAACAUGUAGUGGAGAGAUUUUACCCAAAGAGGUAUAGGCAUGGCUGUUCAGAAGAACAGUUAAGACAGCUUCGUCAGCGAUUAUCAACUAGAUGGAUGGCUCUCCGGGGGCACAGUGCUGCAGAUUGUGUGCGCAUUUAUCUCACAGUAGCCAGAAAGUGGUCAUUCUUUGGUGCUAAAAUGUUUGCGGCAAAACCUCUAACAACAUCCACACUUGAGAGUUCCUACGUAUGGCUUGUUGUACAUGAAGAUGGCAUAAGCAUUCUAGAAUACAGCUUUCUGCAAUUAAUAGUUACAUAUGUACACAAAAGUCUGAUGACCUUUGGAGGCUACCAAGAUGACUUUAUGCUGGUAGUUAACAAUGCUCAGUCAAAAGACAAGCCAAACGAAAAACUCCUUUUUGCCAUGGCAAAACCAAAGAUUCUUGAGAUCACUCUACUGAUUGCUAGCUAUAUUAACCACUUCCAUCAGCAAAAGGGGGCUGCUCAUCAUCUCUCUGCUCCAGCACUGUUCUCGCCUCAAACAGGACAGAAAACCAAGGAAAUGGGGAGUCAGCCGCUUCUUUCGAACAGCAGACCAACCAAAGGUCCUACUUUGUUAUGAAAGGAACAGAUACCUAUGAAAAUGUAUGCUUUUGGUAUGCUUCCUAUAUUGACUGAACGUCUUUAGAUGUGCCAGAUAUACAUUAUAUGCUAGUUUGUAAUACAAGCCAAGAAAGGUGGACUGGUUUCCAUUCAUUUUAGUUAAAGAGGCCCCUGUUAAAACUCUGCAAACAAAUUGCAGGUGGGGCGAUUACCCUAUCAGAUGAAGCUCACCCCAUUUCUGAACAUGGGUUCAAAAAUACUUCCGAAGAGGCUUCUUUUGUGGGUGGAGAGUUGGCCUUUGAAGUGAUUUUAGUAAGUGUCAGGGAUUUUAAAGACAUUUCCCCAGGGAGGACUAUGUCUUCACCUCUCCACCCUUAUUUUUCAAAUUAUGCAAGUUGCAUAAACUUGGUUAUGAGAAAGCAUUUUUGUUUAAAUGGGAAAACAGAUACAUGUAUUUUCCACUCCCUCACGCCUUCUUGUCUGCAAUACAAGCACCUCGGGACACAGUCUAAAGGGGACAUUUUUGUGAAAGCCCUUUUAAAAAAGUAUUGGCAGCACAUCAUUGAUCAUACAUCUAAUAAUUUAUUAUAAAUGUCUUCUCUUAUACAACAAUUUACUUAUGUGAGCCGCAGCAAUGGGCUGGUAGUUUCUACACAAUUCUUCUUUUUGAUUUUCUAAAUCUAAAUUGGGCAUAUGUUGUAGAAAACAUAGUGGAUAUUUAAAAAAAAAUCAGUUUGGCCUGCUAAUUUUUCCCCUUCUUUAAAUAGCAUAGUCGAGAAAUGAGAAAGUUAGAAUUCAAACCACAAACACAAUGUAAAAAGCACUUAUAUGAAUAGGUACAUGUAAACUUGGAGACAGUCUUCAUAAAAUGUUUGAUGUGUAUACUGUACAGUAGUAUAGCAUAGUAUUUUGUAAAUAUAAGCCUAAUACAAUAAAGUGUUCUACUUGUCAUUGUUUUAGCAUUUUUCAUAUUUAAUCCAUGCCUUUCACACCAUAAUAUUAGUAUGAGGGUCUCUUGCCCACUAGAAAAACAUUUAAGAGAUUCAAUUCAAACAAACCAUUGACCUUGCAGAUAUAUUUCUUAAUUUCUGUUUGCCACUACUGCUAGUUAUCAAGGACAUUUAUCACUUAAACAUGAGUUUUAUCCCUCAUGGUUUAUUCUAGAACCUGGAGUAAUGUUAUAAUGCUGAAGAUUAAUAAUCUGCGUUUAUGGUAUCAUUUUAAAAAAGUAUGGAAUCCAUCUCAUGGUGCUUGCCCCUUACACAAGGCAGAGCUUAUAUUCCUGAAGGACUGAGACCAGAUUAUAAAGGACAUAAUUUGCAUUCUUCUAUUUUUAAAAACUGGAGAAAGAGAUUAAAAGCUAAAUUCAUAGCAUGGAUGCUACAAAGCACUUAACAAGACACCUAAUUCUUCUGAACACCUUCUAAAUCCUGCUAAAUCCACUGGUCUCCAUGACUCCUACAGUAUUUUGUUAAUGGUGCUGAAGGUUAAAGCUCUGACCUGGAAACUAUAAACUGAGAAUAACUAGCUGAGUCAUUUCACCAGCAAAGUCCCCAUUGACAUUAAGUAAAAAGUGCAGGAUCAGCCCCCUACAACCCAGUCCUACAAGAAACACAUUCUUAAUUAUAUGUAUGUGAAUAGUCUCUUUGAGGUCAAUGAGCCACACAUAUCCAUACGUGUUUUUAGGAUCAAUGUCUUAGUAAUGAAUGUCAAGGAAUUCCUCUCAUCUUGUUAGUGAUAUGCAGAAAGAGAAAUUUUUUAUUUUGAAGAAAAGAUAGAACUGAUUAAAAAAAAAUCUAGAGCUCUAUUCUAACCACAAAACAGGGCACUACAUGUGCAAACUACUUCAACCUUCUAUCUCAAAUCAUUCUCUCUGCGGCCUGCUGGCAGGUCCUUUGUAACAGAUCAGCAACUGUUACUUUAUCCCACCAGUGGAAACAAAGUAUUCGUCACAAGCCUCUCUGCUGGAAUGCAUUAAGUCUUCUGUUGUGGGUUCCUAGCAUUUGCUAAAUUUCAGAAGCAUAUAAUAAUGUGGGUAUCACAAUGGCAUUGUAUAACUUUAUCUUGGUUCUUGUAUCAGUCUCCUUUUUUCUCCAGAUAUUUGCCAGUCUCAAAAAAGGCUCCAUUUGUCUUCCUGGUUCUUGCUUUCACCUCUUUAUGGGGUCGGCCACUGGAACUAAUUGUACUUCCAAGAUACAGAAAAACUCAUUAACCAUGCCGUAUUCUUCACUGUUGAUCACUUAGGCACUAUCAUUACCGACUUGUCUUUCGAUUACUUUCAUUUUCUGUUGGCUUAUUCUUAAUCCUACUUUGGUGGCCUCGCAUUUGAUGUUGAUAGUGGUCUUUUAUGUAGUAUCAUCUUUUAUGUCCAAUGGAGCAAUGUCAUCUGCAAAGUUGAGACCUUGAAGUUUUCCUCUACUCCAUAUAAUUCCUGUAUCGUCCCUUGAUGUUGCUUUUCAUACCACAUAAUCCAUCACAGUGCAGAAGAGGAGAGGUGUUAAGGUGCAUCCCUGUCACAUUCCAGUGACCAUAUCAAACCAGUUGGUCUCUCCACUUUGUCCUUACACAGCAUUUUGAAUCUUCAUACAGAUUCUUAGUCAGUACCUCUUAGUACAACUGAAGAACGGUGUUAUAAUAUUUCUUUUCUCUGUCUUUUGAAAGACCACUCUUAAAAUCUAUGUUGUUUAAUAUUUGACUCCCUCUGCGAGCAGUAAUUUACCUAUUUAUCAUUGUACCGGGUAGCUACUACCACAGUUUCCCUCUGCUUGGUUAGGUGAGUACAGCCCUCCUGCCAAACUUCAAAAAUGACUCUCCUUUCAGGGUGUGACAGUUCUCAGGGUAACAAGAUUGUGAGUCACCUUGUUACCCCUGUUUCUAGCUGGAGGGAGUCUGGUCUGUGGUAACUGGGUGUUAGCUACCUAACACCACCAGCCUCUCAGCCACUCAAGCACUCUCCUCUGGGCUAUGUCAGCUCUGUCUUUGCCUUGCAGGUUGAGGUGCCCCCUCCCCCAGUUUCCUUGAAGCAUUCCCCUAUGAUAGCCAACCCCUGACACUGGCUACUCACAGAAAGCCCAGAUCUUCUGCUCACAAAGGAACAGUGUUACCCCAGUUUACCUUAAACCACCACUCUUGUAUAACACACAGCACUUGUACAGAUACAAAAGAAAGUUUAUUUAAGAAAGAAUAGAGAUUCUGUUAGAAAUAAGAGAAAAUGAUGAAAACAAAUUGUUACAAUACAAACAAAAUCAUAAAACACUAACUAGGGCCUACACUUAUAAGUAGUUACCCUUUCUGUCUAAUAAAGUGGGUUUUCCCCCCAAAGCUCAAUCAGUUGUAAAGCUGGCUGGCUUUACAGAACAAAGAUCUAAUCUUUCAUGAAAAAUACACCCGCUCAACAACAAGAUGUCUCCUCACUGAAUGGAUCCAGGGAGUGCCUCUUUCUCCCCCCCGUCCCCCGUGUGACAGGGUGCGACUCACCUCUGUGGCACCCCCUGCUGGCUAUCCUGGGGAUCAGCUCUUUUAGCCAGUGGGCCCUCUUCUGGUGGCAUCUCUCCACCAUCACUUCUGCUUCAAGGAACCAUGUCAUGCCCAGGACCGCGGUGUCCUCUUCGUGAUACAGCCCUUCGGCUGUGCCGCACUCUGUGCUUCCCACCUUCCACAGGAUGUCUCUAUAGUCCCUGUCAAAUCACUUCUCUUAGUGGUGACUACACUACUACUAAACAGUCUGCUGUUUAGCCACUUCCCCAGUGCCAAGUGGGGGAGAUCCGGGCCUGCCCACUACUCCAGCCCUGGGACCAGCCCAGGGAUCUGAUGGUACGGUUGGCUGUGUUCUUACUGGUACGCCGGACCGGACCAGACCGGCUUACUUUCAUCUCUGUCCAUACCCCUACAUCCUGCUUCACAGUUCAGACUUGUGCUGCAACUCCACAAUAGUUCCCCAGUUUGAGCAUUGAUUGUAGAUCAAUAUUGGCCAAAUAUUAUAUGGGUCAUCUGUACAGCCAAAUAUGCUGUGUGGGGGAAUAACUGUGCCAACUGUGUUAUAUCAUUGUUUGGUUCAACAUAUUACAGAUGUACAGGGUAGUAACAUAUAUUAGUAAUAUAGCUAUAAAGCAGGUUGGUUUCACCCACAAAGGCAUGAUUAAAUUGUUUUUAUGCAGGAUGGAAGAGAAUUUUCUUCUUGGAUUUGGGUGUGUACACAGUCUCCAAAAACCAUGAGACAUUCUCAGGGGAAGAAGAGAUUGUUAUUUUUAUGGGACUCCUCCAGAUUGGACCGUUUUACAUUCUUGUGUUUUCUUACUCCAGGCGUAAAAACCUGGCCCCAUUGAGGUCAGUGGCAAAAUUCCCAUUGCAUCCGUUGAAGAGGGCUGUAGCCCAUGAAAGCUUAUGCUCAAAUAAAUUUGUUAGUCUCUAAGGUGCCACAAGUACUCCUGUUCUUUUUGCAGAUACAGACUAACAUGGCUGCUACUCUGAAACCAAAAAUUCCCAUUGACUUCAGUGGGAAUCCCACAUAUUUAUCAGAUGACAGAGCAAUUUCACUGGAGUAACUUCACAUGAUGAAAGUACAACCAUUGGCAGUGGUUUCUAACCCACUCCUCUGAACACUACUGAACACUUAGUAUUGGUUCAAGAGCGCAGUUUAAUGGUAACCUCAUUGUAGCUCCUUUUGAAGCUUUUUGUGUCAGACUAGUUUAUUUAAUACAAAAAUAGCCAUUUUAAAAGGAGUGGGGAAUAACAUGGCCAUCUAAAAAUCUCUAGUAUAUCUUACUGAACUUACUGGAAAAACAAUAAUUUUAUGUGUAAUUUACCAAUGUGUUGUAAUGUAACCUGUAGGUCUCACCAUGAAUUAGUAAUUGCAGCACAUUUAAUUUAUGUGUAGAGUAUUUGUAUUUAUUCUUAAGUAUAUUUAGCACUCACUUGUAUAAGGAAUUUUUAUAUAAAUUUUAAAGCCUAAAAAUAAGGGAACUACCAAAGAGAUCUGUCAGAUUCUUAUGCAAACCCAGCAAAAUGAAUGCAAACAAAAUGUUAGAGUGACAUUUGUUUUAUACUGGUUUUAAUUUUUUUUAAAUAUCAAGUCACAUAAACUUUAUGGGUUCUAACAAUAUAGUGGAUAUUAAAAAAGAAAUUUAAACUAUUGAAGCCUUUUGCUAAGCCUUCAAUAUCUUACACGUCAUUUAAAGUUGGUAAAAUUAAACUAAGAAUACAGUUUUGAUGUAAGGGAAACAAUGUUUAUGUUUUACAUAACCAUGUAAAUCACAGAUCUAAUCAUGUUUAAGAAAGAUCAAUUAUUUCCUGACAUAGCGCUAGUUCUAUGCAACUGCGAGGGGAGUUUUUUGUUUUGUUUUUUAGUUGUUAUUAAAAA